GCCACAUUCUCGCCUCUGCCUGCUCUCUGAUGCGGAAGGAACAAGCUGACUUUUAUUAUAGGCCAGAGUCAGCAAGCGAUUAGCUCCGGAGAACAGAGUGCAGUGAACCCGGCCACUCCGGACAAUCAGCCCCCAACUCCAGAAACAAACAGGGGAGCCGAGAGACUUCCAGAGAACGGACUGUCAUUAACACCGGCCUCUCAGAGAACUGCACCGCCACUCCGGUGAACACCCACAGCGACAUCCACAACUCUACAGAGCUCACUGAAUGACUUCGAGAACUCUCCCAGCCUGGGGUAACAUCGGGGACUGUAUCCCAGUCUAGACUUACAUAGGGGACUGUAUCCCAGCCUGGGGUAACACAGGGGAUUGUAUCCCAGCCUAGACUAACACAGGGGACUGUAUCCCAGUCUAGACUAACACAGGGGACUGUAUCCCAGCCUGGGGUAACACAGGGGAUUGUAUCCCAGCCUAGACUAACACAGGGGACUGUAUCCCAGUCUAGACUAACACAGGGGACUGUAUCCCAGCCUGGGGUAACACAGGGGACUGUAUCCCAGCCUAGACUAACACAGGGGACUGUAUCCCAGCCUAGACUAUCACAGGGGACUGUAUCCCAGCCUGGGGUAACAUAGGGGACUGUAUCCCAGCCUAGACUAACACAGGGGACUGUAUCCCAGCCUGGGGUAACAUCAGGGACUGUAUCCCAGCCUAGACUAACAUAGGGGACUGUAUCCCAGUCUAGGGUAAAAUUGGGUUGUACACCUGUUACAAUAACAUUGGGGACUGUAGCCUAGCCUAUGUUAACGUUGGGUGUACAUACCAGCUAGAGUAACAGUGGGGACUGUAGGCCAGUCUAGCUCUGUGCUACUACAAAGUCAGCUGCUGAAUUCCUGUUUCUCGUGGUCAGCCGGGGAGAUGUUCCAGGCUCUGGGCAGCUCGAACCGUUGCCUCCGCUUGAUGCACAGCAACAAGUCCACCUGUUACUUUGCUCUGCUGGCUCUCGCCUACCUGCUGUACCUGAGCUUCGGCGCCCUGAUCUUCUCCUCAGUUGAGUUGCCUUACGAGGACAGUCUCCGGCAGGAACUGAGGGAGCUGAAGGACCAGUUUCUGCAGGAUAACUCAUGUCUGACCCCGGACAGCCUGGAGCAUUUCCUGGACCAGGUCCUGGAAGCCAACAAUUACGGGGUGUCCGUGUUAAACAACAGCACUGGCAAGUGGAACUGGGACUUCACCUCUUCCCUCUUCUUCGCUGCCACUGUCCUCACAACCACAGGUUACGGUCACACGGUGCCUCUCUCCGAUGGUGGCAAGGCUUUCUGCAUCAUUUACUCGCUGCUGGGGAUUCCCUUUACACUGCUGGUCCUCACCUCCAUUGUCCAGCGGCUCAUGGUCCACGUGAGCAGGCGGCCAGUCCAGUACAUCCACACUCGCUGGGGCUACGCCGAGCAAACCGUCGCACUGGUCCACGCCGUGAUCCUGGGGCUAAUCGUCACCUCCUGCUUCUUCUUCAUCCCGGCAGCCAUCUUCUGUGCCCUGGAAAAGGACUGGAACUUUCUGGAAUCCAUUUACUUUUGCUUCAUCUCCCUCAGCACCAUUGGCCUGGGAGACUAUGUUCCUGGGGAGGUGCGCCAUCAGCGGUUCCGUGAGCUGUACAAGCUGGGAAUAACCGUGUACCUCAUGAUUGGCCUCACGGCUGUGCUUGUUGUCCUGGAAACCUUCUGUGAGCUGCAGAAGCUCAAGGAAUUUAAAAGGAUCUUCUACUUGAAGAAAGACAAGCUGGAGGAUGAACAGAACAUUCUAGACCACGAUCAGCUCUCAUUUCCCUCGGUUACGGACUCUGUGCCUAUUACCAGGGAACAGCAGAAACUCAACGAGGCCUUUUCUCCAGGCCCAGUGGCCAGCUAUCAGUUUACAGAGGAGCCUGUGAACCGGUGACCCUCGGCUCUCACUUAGUCCCCUUCCAAAACACCAUUGGCCAAUCCUUCCAUCAUGUCAUGAAGCAAAUCUGCAUGUAAUUAGUGUAGGAUCUAAAGCAACUCACCAGCCUUUAAAAAAGGGCAAGAAGCACAAAUCAGGUUAAGGAAAAGAAACCAGGGUAAGGGAAGUGUGUUUUCAGGUCACCUUGAAGUAAAAAGCACCGUGAUAGUUGCCAAGAAUGUCUACAUCAGUUUCCCUCAGGCGAAGUAGUUAUACAAGAUUAACCACUAGGGCAUUCUGCCCCCAUUAGAAGAAGAUGCAAUUAUUAAUGAUUUGGCAAAAUACUUAUUUUACUUGUAAUAUUCGUUGUGAGGGAGGGAAAAUAAGCUGACAGUGUUCAAACAGCCUCCUUCACUCUGGGAGGUGGGGUCCAAUAUUUGGAAAUAACCUACGCCUGUUUCUAUGGUGCCUGCGCCUCAUUAGAAAAUGAGACUGGGCCUGUUAUCCCCUCCUUCCUGAUCCAUUACACAGAUUUGUCUCAUUUAUGUCUCAACAGCAUUUACCCUGCUCAUUUCGAUAUCCCCUCAGGUCCUUAUCUCCAUAAACAAAAUCUCUCGAUUGCAGACUUGAAAGCUCCAAUCAGCCCCAAGAAUCCACACUCUUUUUGGGGAGAGACUCCCCCUCCCCUUUGAGUGAUGAGAUGCUUCCUGACAUGAUUGCAGGACUGACCUAGCUCUAACUUUAAUGUUAGGUCCCAUUGUCCUUCAUUCCCCCUGAGGAAAAAAAAAUCAUCUUUCUGUCUCUGCCAGCAAAUCCUUCCAAUAUUUAAAAAAAACUAGUCUUCUAAAUCUUUUGGAUCUGUACAAAAGUGAUACCUCAUCUUUGCCACCUGACCUUAUAAUAUAUCCCUUUUACUUCUGAUGUCUUUCUGGUGAAUUUGAGUUGCACAUUAUCCACGAUUGGUCUAUCCUUCCUGAGUGCAGUAUCCAAGUCUGAACACCAUACACCAGGCAGAAUCCGUCCAGAGUUCUCCAUACCUCUGAACAGCACAGCUCCCAUCCUUUACCGAUGUUGUCCUGUAUGAGUUCACAGCCAACAUCCCAUCCCCGCCCCCCCGUUUGUCUUUUCGAUUGAUUUUAUGAACUGUUCACCCCGUGAGCCACUGAAGAAAGCCAGCCCCAGUCCGUUUCCCGUCGGUCCUUCUAACUGCUAUACUCUGGAAAAAAAGGUGCUGGAUGUUCACCCUUGAAUACUCAACGUUUUUGCUUUUUAAUUUUUUUAAAAUAUAAAGUUAAAUGAUGUUUAACAGGGGAAAUGAUGUCGGUGUACAAGAAAAACAAACUAUUUGACUGGAUUCCUCAAAACAACUGUCAAACACCUUCAUUUAUCAUUUUGGUAUUAAGGAAUAAUGUUUGUGUCUUAUGUUGAAAUUCUACCUCGUGUGAAGAUGUGAAAAACCAAACACAUACUGAAAGGAAUUGGUUAAGCUCUUUUUGCUCGAUAUUUUAAGCAGUUCUUCACAGAGAGUGCUGCCCAUUUUGAAUGGGGCCUAGUUCUGGGUGUCUAACAGGCUCCUGUUAACAUGGCAACCAAAGUGCUGUAAUAAAUUGGACCCCAGUUGCUGUCUGAGCUGGGAGACAUUGGAAGGCCGCACCAUGUUCGCUCUGCCCAGUUUCACAGGGAUGGAACUGAAGUGACAGUGUUGAGUUGGAUUAUUCAUGGGGCACGGCCCAAGGGGAGCAAAUUUAAUCUCAGUUGCCACAUCCAAUCCACUGUGCAGUUGACAAGGCUGGGUUGACCCAGGAACUGGCUGAUCGGGGUCCUGGCUGCUGUCUCCCAUUCAGAAAUACUCAACCCCAUGUAGAAAGCCAUUGCCAGAUUGAGACAGGAAGGGUUGAGGCUGGGUGAAGAUCAUGAAACCAGCUCGAUUCAAGGACUAGAGGCUAAACUAAGGUGGCAGAGCCAUGGAUUUUACGAGACAGAUCUUUUUGUCAAUAACAGCAGAGAAUGCUGGAGAAACUCAACAGGUCUGGAAGCAUGUCGAGACAGAUAAACAGUCAAUGUUUCAAGUCCGGUAUGACUCUUCCACAGAAUUGCAAGGUGAAAGAAAAUAGUUUUUAAAAUACUUUUGUCCCAAGUAGAGGAGGAGCAAAAGGGUUAAAUGGUAUAGAUGUAAAGGGUUUUUAAAUAGCACAGAAAGAAAAGAAAGGGGGUAAAUUAGUGUGUAAAGCAGAGAGUUGGUCCUUUUUACUAAGUACAAAGUAAACAAGACACAAAGAUAAACAGACAAAGUCUUUUCCCUGGGGUCGGGGAGUCCAGAACUAGAGGGCAUAAGUUUAGGGUGAGAGGGGAAAGAUAUAAAAGAGACCCAAGGGGCAACUUUUUCACGCAGAGUGUGGUACAUGUAUGGAAUGAGCUGCCAAAGGAUGUGGUGGAGGCUGGUACAAUUGCAACAUUUAAGAGGCAUCUGGAUAGGUAUAUGAAUAGGAAGGGUUUGGAGGGAUAUGGGCCGGGUGCUGGCAGGUGGGACGAGAUUGGGUUGGGAUAUCUGGUCGGCAUGGACAGUUUGGACCGAAGGGUCUGUUUCUGUGCUGUACAUCUCUAUGACUCUGGGACAAACAUGACACGCCUAUGAUGAAGUAGUGAGGGGAGAGAAGAGCAUUUUAUUCCUCUUCUUCAUUUUUCUCACAAUGAGUUUCUGAAGUUAGUGAGUUCAAUAUUGAGACCUUGAGGCUGUAAGAUUGAAACACACUGAAAGCUUGAGGAACCACACCUCAAUUUCUGCCUAGGCACUCUGCCUAACGAGUUUCACCAGCAUUUUCUGUGUUUGUUUCAGUUUUCCAGCAUCCACAGUAUUUUGCCUUUAUUUGAAUCUUUUUAUUAGUGCCAUUUCAAAAGCUUUACCUCAGUCCAAGAUGUGCAUUGCAAACGUGUAAUAAUUGCUUUAAAAACCAACUCCACUUGAAUAAUAUUCCACUGGUUUGAAAAUUCUGAAGUCCAUUUUAUUUAUAAGUAAAUUAAUUUUUUUAAAAAACUGGAAAUUCUCCACAGCUCAGGCAACAUCUGUGGAGACAGUUAAUGUUUUAGUUGAAUGGCCUUGAGGAACAUUUUCUGUUUUUAUUUGGGAUUUCCAGCCUCUGCAGUAUUUUAUUCUGUUAAUUUUGUUUGUGUCGUGUUUUGUAAGUGAGAGACUCCAAGGAGGGCUGCCACUUGCCAUGGAAGGGAAGGAGUUCGGAACGCAGGGAGAGUUUGUCAGACAUGGCGAGUGUAGAGAAUCCCUCUCUGGGGGCAAUGAUGUAAACACCGGGCAAGGAAGGAAGUUAAAGGUAGACAGUCACAACCAAUUAGUCAGAGCUUUAAACAGAGGAUAAGCUUUCCAGGUUCGGAAGGAAAAUAUAGGAAAGGAUAAUUAGGUGUUUCUUUGUUGAAGUCAAACAAAGUGGCCCACUGGUGUAGGGCAGUGUUGCAUGUCUGUUAUUUUUAUAUUGUAUGUAACAUUGUGUGUACCAAUGGUGUCCCAGCAUCUAUAUUGCUCUAUUUGUUGACUUGUGAAAU